CCCCUUUUCCUCGCUCGCUGUCUUCGGGUUGCGCUUCCUACUCAGAGACUGCGCGCGGUGCUCUGCUGCUUCAGUGCGGAUUUCCCCAGUCGCCGUCUUCCUUUUGCUCUCCACUCGACGACUUCGGGUGCUUCCGUCGAAACCCUAGCCAUCCUCAACAAUGCAGUGCUCAAUCUCUGGCGACGUGCCGGUGGAGCCCGUCGUGAACGCCAAGUCUGGGCUUCUGUACGAGAAGCGCUUAAUCGAGAGGUUCAUUGAUGAUACUGGUAAAUGCCCAAUUACAGGGGAAACUCUUACAACAGAUGACUUAGUACCGAUCAAAAUGGGCAAGAUUGUGAAGCCCAGAACUGUUCAGACAGCUAGCAUUCCUGGAAUGCUAGGCAUGUUUCAGAAUGAAUGGGAUGGACUCAUGUUGUCCAAUUUUGCUUUGGAACAACAACUACAUACUGCACGUCAGGAGCUCAGUCAUGCACUCUACCAGCACGAUGCAGCUUGCCGUGUAAUUGCAAGACUUAAAAAGGAAAGGGAUGAAGCAAGAGCGUUGCUUUCACAGUCGGAUAGACAGAUUCCUAUGUCGGCCGCAGCAGCUGGUGCAGCUAACGCUUCUGCUGUUGCUAAUGGAAAAAGAGCAGCGGAGGAUGAUGAUUUGGCCCCUCCUGGAAAGAAGCUUCGCCCAGGAAUUUCAACUGACAUAAUUACCGAGCUAACUGAAUGUAACGCUGCCCUUUCACAGCAACGUAAAAGGCGACAGAUUCCUGCAACCUUGGCGUCUAUUGAAGAUUUGGGGAGAUACACCCAACUUUCCAGUCAUCCACUUCACAAGACUAACAAGCCAGGAGUCACAUCUAUUGACAUCCAGUAUUCAAAGGACAUUAUAGCCACUGGAGGAGUUGAUUCCACUGCUGUAAUCUUCGAUCGCUCAUCAGGACAGAUCCGAUCAACCCUUAGUGGCCACUCUAAGAAGGUUACUAGUGUAAACUUUGUAGCUGAUGGUGGGACGUUCUUGACAGGAUCGGCCGAUAAGACUGUUCGUAUAUGGCAAGAAUCUGAAGAUGGGAACUAUGAUUGCCGACACAUUUUGAAGGAUCAUACUGCCGAGGUUCAAGCUGUCACUGUCCAUGCCACUAAUAACUACUUUGUGACUGCCUCUCUUGACAAUACAUGGUGCUUCUAUGAUCUUUCCUCAGGUUCAUGCUUAGCACAGGUUGCUGCCGACACAGACAGUUCGAAUCCUGUAGGGUACACAGCUGCUGCCUUCCAUCCUGAUGGUCUAAUUCUUGGAACUGGCACCUCUGAAGCUAUUGUCAAAAUUUGGGAUGUUAAAAGCCAGGCCAAUGUUGCCAAAUUUGAAGGGCAUGUCGGGCCAGUAACUGCCAUAUCUUUCUCCGAAAACGGUUACUUCCUUGCUACUGCUGCACAUGAUAGUGUUAAGCUUUGGGAUUUGCGCAAAUUGAAGAACUUCCGGACUCUCAAUCUUUAUGACGGAGAUGCACCAACCAACUCCGUGGUAUUUGACCACAGUGGCUCUUACUUGGGAGUUGCGGGCUCAGACAUAAGAGUCUUCCAAGUAGCUAGUGUGAAAGCAGACUGGAACUGCAUCAAAACUCUUCCUGAUUUAUCCGGAACAGGGAAAGCAACAUGUGUGAGAUUUGGUCCAGAUGCGAAAUACCUUGCUGUAGGAUCAAUGGAUCGAAACCUCCGAAUAUUUGGGCUGCCUGAGGAAGAUGUUGAACCACCACAGCCAGAGUCUUAAGGGCCAACUCAUCAGAGAGAGAAUCAAGCCAGCCAAUCUUUUUGGCUUUCAGGAGCAUUGUUACAUUUUUGCUUCCACUGGGGGUCUGAGGAAAUUUUCAGUAAUGGAGCGGCAGAGCAAACGGUGGAAUCUUAAGUGUUUCAGUAUUAGGUGUGGUUUCUUUAGCCUCCAAGAAAGAUCGUCGGACGCAUUAGUGAGUUCGUUGUAGAACAUUGAGGUGGAAGAGUCACUGGAACACUGGUUGGUACAGCUAAUGAGAGUUCGAUUUGUAUGGUGCCUCGUAUUUUGCAGAUGACGAUACUCUGUUCUUUUUGGUUGCAAGAGAAAAAUUCUCCAGACGUUUCACUAUUGUAGUUACUUCGGUUUUUUCAUCUAUUUCUUGGGCAUUAGUAUGGUUCUAUACUCGUCUUAACUAUGUGUUGGUUAAAUUAGAUUCUUUUUCUAGACAUCAUUUUUCGUCCUAAAUCCGAGUAGGUGAAGGAUUAUUGCUCCUACUCAACAUCUUGAAAUAUAAUUUUCAACUCCAGAAUCGGAACUGCAAUUAGUGCUUACCAUGACCAUAUGUAUAUUACCUACUGAAUCUAAAACUAGAACAGAGCUGAGGAAUGAAGAUCUUCCUUUCCCUACUCUAUAAGCUAGUCUUCUUGCUUGAUAGCUUCCUAACAAUAAGCAAUUUUAACAAGGAAUUUCACAGCAAUAUCAACCCUGAAAGAAUAAAGAAUACAUGAUCAUAUCACACUCUUCCAAUCAAUUCUCUUGCUUGUGUCGCUGUGCCCUUCAGUAUUUUGAUGAGUAUGCAAAUCCCCAAAGCUCGACAUGCUUUAACUCGAAAUCUGAAUCAUGGGCCAAACAUAAGUUCCCAAAUGUUUCGCAGGGGCCACUAGUUCCGUGCAACAGGUCUCCAUCCAAUCGUAAAGCGAAGUUGCCACCGCCACCAAGUGCUAGCAAGUCAUCCAAACACAAGUAAUAAUAUCGGUUGGCACCAGUUGGUCGAAAUAGCCUUGGUUCACCAUAUAUGGUAAAGAAUAGAGAGAAGAAAAAAGUUCACUUGAUAUUUUCUCUUGGAAGUGGCUUGCAGUGGGCAGUCCAGAAGUCCACCAAACACAGCACCUUGUCUAUCUCCAGUAAUCAGUAAACACGGGCCAGGAAUGUCAGCACUCUUCCGAAUGAGUGUGCGAAGAGAUAUGCCAUGCUUCAUCUUACCUAUAUAGCAAAACCCAGUCAUUCCCUUUCACCAUGUUAGGGAGCGACGACAUCAGGAACUCAUACAAGUCUGAUGAUAUAAACGCAGACCCAUCUUUCAGAUAUGGUGUCCUCGGAGUGCUCUGCUGCUCACAUGCUUCUUCAAAUACAUCACUGUCACUGCUGCUGGUUUGAGAAGAAUAAUCCUCAUUUUCAUCACGAAAUAUGGCUGCUUGACGUUCACCAGCUUUCUGGCACUCGUGAUAUCUCGGUUCCUCUUCAUGGUCAAAUUCUCUACCUCUCCAUCUUACUCGAAGUGAAGGAGCAGGUGCUAACUCGACUUUCUGGUCCUUACCAUUUUCCGACGUAGACUUCCCAAAGCCCAAGGAAGGAACGACGGAUGAAAAAUAUGAAGAAUAUGACUUUUCACCUUGACUAGCUGUCCUACCCUACAAAUUCAAGAAAAGGGGGUUAUGAACAGAAUUACCUGAGAACUAUGAGAAGGGGAAUUGGGCGAAUCGGCAAAUAAGCGAGACAGCUGAUUGGAGACCUUCUCCUUCAAUGCGAUCAUCUUCUUUCGUUCCCUCCAACGAAUCAACCGAAGUUUAGCAGGUAAAGAUCAUCACCCUUCUCCAAAAGUUGGGAAAGGAAAAACUCUUUGCGGAAAGCCAAACAGCAAACGUAAAGUCUGCAACUUUCCGCGUCGAAUGCGAUGUGUGAGCUGCCGGGCCUUGUGGGUCUCAAUCUGAAGGAAUCCGGAGGGCAAAAGUUUCGUCGGUGGAGACGGGAUGUUUACGUAAGAGAGGUAAAAAGGAAGAGACCAAAGACAGCACUGCAGCAAUUCAGCCGAACUUGUAAGAGAAAACCAUAAUGGUAUUUUCGAUUUAGAAUUACACGUUAUUGUUCUUGUCAUUAGAUUUUUUUU